UUUAGAAAUGUAUCUGUUUCUGUCUUUUCUUCUAGUGCUGCCAUUUUCCCUCUCUCCUCUGCUUUUAAAACCCCCCAUUCUCUUCUCUCUCUCCCUCUGUCUCUCUCUCCCUCAGUGGUCGCUCAGUAUUUCUCGUUUCAGCACCCCAUUUCCCUCGUCCAAACAUGCCUUUGUUUUCCCUCCUCGGAUCAUCCCCCUCCCCGCCGCCCCAGCUCUAUAUUCCGGCAGCAUCUCCUUUUCCUCGCACCUCCGUUGUUGCAGGACUAUUUUCUGUUUGGAGAAAUACAACAAACACUGGCUAUCCCCUUCUGCAAUGUGGUGCAGUUUCCAGAGCUCCUGCUGAAGGAGAAUAUAUAGAUGUGAUUCUGAGUGGUUUCCCUGUCAGAAAGUGGCCAUCGAAUAUUGCUACAGAGGGUGACACACAAAAGGAUAAGUAUAAAGGCGAGGAAGUGAGAUCAAAUGAGAGGAGGGAUCGGAUGGUUGAGAUGAUCAAGUCAAUGCUGAGAUCAAUGGACGAUGGAGAGAUAAGCAUAUCUCCUUAUGACACUGCGUGGGUGGCGUUGGUGGAGGAUAUUGGAGGCAAAGGACAGCCUCAGUUUCCCACCAGCAUCGAAUGGAUUUCAAACAACCAACUGGAGGACGGUUCGUGGGGCGACAGUGCUGCCUAUUCAGCUCACGACAGGAUACUCAACACAUUGGCUUGUGUUGUCGCAUUGAGAUCCUGGAAAAUGCACCAGGACAAAACUGAUAAAGGGGUUACAUUUAUCAGAAAGAACAUUCACAGGCUAGACGAAGAAAAAGAAGAGCACAUGCCCAUAGGUUUCGAAGUGGCACUGCCAUCCCUUAUUGAAACAGCCAAAAAGUUAGGGAUAGAUGUGCCCAAUGAUUCCCCAGCCUUGCAAAAAAUUUACGCUAGAAGAGAAUUAAAGCUUACAAGGAUACCAAGGGACAUUAUGCACAAGGUGCCCACAACAUUACUGCACAGCUUAGAGGGAAUGUCAUCAGGGCUUGAGUGGCAAGAGCUGUUGAAAUUACAGUGUCCUGACGGCUCAUUUCUCUUUUCUCCAUCCUCCACUGCCUUUGCAUUACAACAAACUAAGGAUGAGAAUUGUCUCAAAUAUUUACUCAAGCAUGUUAGAAAGUUCAAUGGGGGAGUUCCUAAUGUGUAUCCGGUGGACUUAUUUGAGCGCCUAUGGGCUGUGGAUCGGCUACAAAGGCUGGGGAUAUCAAGGUAUUUUCAACCUGAGAUUGAAGAGUGCCUUGGUUAUGUACACAGAUACUGGACAGACAAGGGGAUUUGUUGGGCAAGAAAUUCUCAAGUUCAGGACGUUGAUGACACUGCCAUGGGAUUCAGGCUUCUGAGGUUGCAUGGCUACCGGGUUUCGGCAGAUGUUUUCAAGAACUUUAAACAGGACGAAGAGUUCUUCUGCUUCGCGGGGCAGUCAAAUCAGGCAGUGACUGGAAUGUAUAACUUGUACAGGGCUUCUCAGGUGAUGUUUCCAGGGGAAGUUAUACUUGCAGAAGCCCGCAAGUUCUCCCACAAGUUCUUGCAAGAGAAAAGGGCUAACAAUGAACUACUUGAUAAAUGGAUUAUAACCAAAGACCUUCCAGGAGAGGUGGGAUUUGCACUGGAUAUUCCAUGGUAUGCCAGUUUACCUAGAAUUGAGACAAGAUUUUUCUUGGAACAAUAUGGUGGUGGUGAUGAUGUUUGGAUUGGGAAGACCUUGUACAGAAUGCCCUACAUUGACAACAGGGCCUACCUUGAUCUGGCAAAGUUAGAUUACAAUAAUUGCCAGGCAUUGCAUCAGAGUGAGUGGAAAAGCUUUCAAAAAUGGUACAGAAGUUGCAGACUUGAGGAGUUUGGGUUGUCGGAGACGACCCUUGUUCAAACUUAUUACAUCGCAGCAGCAAGCAUAUUUGAGCCAGAAAGAUUGUAUGAGCGGCUUGCAUGGGCUAAAACUGCGAUUCUAAUGGAGACUGUCAUGCGGCAUUCGGACCAAAAGAAACUCUCCAAGCAACAAAAGCACGCAUUAGUCAAUGAAUUCAAACAUUGUGCACUGCUUGGAGAAAGGUACAAAACACGAAACAACCUGAUAGGGACCCUGGUCAGAAGUGUGAAUGAACUCUCAUUGGACGCACCAUUGGCGCGAUACGCAGACAUCCAAUCACACUUGCAUCGGGCGUGGCAAAAGUGGCUAAGCUCAUGGGAGGAAGGGGACACGGGUGAAGGCGAUGCAGAGCUGCUAGUGUGCACUCUAAAUCUGUGUGGUGGAGGCCGCAGCAGUCACAGUCGAUGGUCCGACAAAUUAUUGUUGUCGUAUCCUCCGUAUCAGCCCCUUGUGCAGAUCGCCAGCAGAGUCUGUCACCAUCUCCGCCUGUCUCCAACCCGAAAGGAGGAGGCAAGGAUGUGCGAGCAGAAGCUGCAAAGUGGCGUGAGUGGUGGUGACAUAGAAGGGAGCAUGCAAGAGCUGGUGAGAUUAGCGCUGGCCAAGAGCCACAGCGAAUUGGAGUUUCGUGUGAAGCAAAACUUCCUCCUUGUAGCCAGGAGUUAUUACUACACCGCAUAUUGUAACCCUGCUACUAUCAAUCUCCACAUAGCCAAAGUCCUCUUUGAGACUGUCGUACUAGAAUGCUGUGAUGACCAUACCCGCCGUUACUUCUGAUGUUAAAUAAAUUAAUUGAUUGGGAAGAGUUA